AUGGAAAUAAAAAAUGAUAUAAGAACUCAAGUGGACAAUGAAAAGUUAAUAAAACAAACGGAAACAAUUGAAGAGAAAGAUGAUAAACAAGAAAACAAUAAAAAUUUUAAAGAAGAAAAAGAAACAAAGGAAAAUAUAACCAUAAAUAUUGAAAAAAAUGAUAGAAUUAAAACAGACACUUUAUAUAAAAAUGAUAGUAAAGAAAAAACAAUACAUAAGGCAGUAAUCGAAUUAGAAAAACAAACUAAGGUUGAGUUUGAAAAAAUAAAAGGCAAUAAAGAAUCCCUCCGAAAGUUAACCAAUGUAAUUAGGUUCCCAGAUGACACACAAUUACAAAUUGACAAAAAGGAAAAAAUAAUAGAUAACAUAACAAAAAUAAAUGAAAAUAAAAUAACAAAAAUAAGAUCAAUCGAUAAAGAUAUAAUAAGGGGGAAACCGACUAUUUUUGAAUCAUACGAACAAAAAGGUAACCCUCUCACAAAAGAAUCUAAAAUUCACGAACUUUCCCAGGGAUAUAAGGGAGAGGGGGAUGAAAUAAUCAAACACAAAAUACCAACUGAUAAUUCUCUCGAUGAUGUAACAAAAUCACCAUCCACAGAUACAAUAAAAGCUGAAAUCGUAGAUAAAAAAGAUGUUAAAACUCCAACGGAAUUGGGGG